AUGGCUCGGAGACCGGGAAGCUCGGCUAGCUCUUCACCAGCUAUGUCUCCGUCGCAUCGGAUGAACAACGGUGGAGGAGGAAUCUCUGGCAAAAGCACGCUCCGGAAGCAAAACGCCGCCGAGCUACUCGCCAAGGUCAUGGAGAAGCGCGACUACGACUACGAUUACGACGAUGAUGACGGAGAUGAAGAUCUCUACCAGGUGCAUCUACCGCCCAUCACUCAGCCUCGAAGACGAGAUGAUAACCGUGUUGGUAAAGGUCCGGUCAAUCGAAAAGAGGCUCCGGCGGCGAAACCGGUCUUACUUCCGCCGCCUAGAUUUGACGAUGAGUCCGACGGCGAUGAAAUUCCACCCGAAAUGCCUCGGAAUCCAGUGGAGAUUCCUAAAAAGAAUAGUAGGGAUCCGAUCAGCCGGAUAAAAGCUCCGGUGGUGAAACCCGCCCUAAUUCCGCCUAAAUUUGACGAUGAACUCGACGGUGAAGAAAUCGCUGCCGAUUUUCCCCGGAAUCCAGUGAAAGAAUCUCCGGCGGCGAAACCCGUCGCAGUUCCCCCUAAAUUUGACGGUGACGAAAUUACAGUGGAGAUUCCUCAAAACAGUGGUAGGCCUACACUCAGGGUUAGAGUUCCGGCAGAUUCGCGUCGGAAUCCCAUCGAGGAGUUUGAGCAGAACGGAGACGGGAAACCUAAUGUUCAAUUUGAUGUGUCUGCAAAACAAUCGGAGGCUCAAUUAAAGUAUAAGAAAAGGUUUCGCCCUACAGAGAUUGUAGCAGCGAAUGCCUCUUAUCAGGAGGAAGAUGAUAGAGAAGCUUCGGCCCUGCGUGAUGAACUUCACCGCGCUGAAGAAAGACGUGAAGCAGCAGAAGCAAGGGCUAAAGAGCUCGAGAAACAGAUUGCUUCUCUAGGCGAAGGAGCAAACUUUGACGUCAAGCUCUUGAAGAGGAAAGAAGCAGCAUUGCGCCAAAGAGAGGCGGCAUUAAGAGCUGCUGAACAGAAGAGAGAUGGAAAACACAGGGAAAGUGAUGCCUUUCGUUCAGAAUUUCAGAGCUUGAAAGACGAAGCAGAGAAGGCAGCGGAACAGCUCCAGGAGGCUGAGGCUGAAACAAAGUCUCUCCGGACAAUGAUACAUAGAACGAUUUUGACUCAAGAAGAAAUGGAGGAAGUUGUUUUAAAGAGAUGCUGGCUUGCUCGCUACUGGGAACUAGCUGUUCAACAUAGAAUAUGUGAUGAUAUUGCCCCAUCAAGACAUGAACAUUGGUCAGCUUUAGCUCCUCUACCCUUGGAAGUUGUCAUUUCCGCUGCUCAAAAGCCUGAAGACUCAUGGCAGACAGGUGGUAGUGAUCGCACUUGGAACAAAGUCGUGAGUAAAUUCAGUGAUGCAAAUGGAGACGGAAACAUAGAGAGUAUGCUUGCUGUUGAAACGGGUUUGCGAGAGAUGGCAUCCUUGAAGGUCGAGGAUGCUUUAAUGCUUGCACUUUCCCGGUAUAGACAAAAAAAUGUGGUCCGACAAUCCGACACUGAUCCCAGGGUGCAAGGGGAAGCUAAGUUUUCCGAAGCAUUUGAGUUAAGUGAAGAUGAGCGACAGGAUAUUCAAUUUAAAGAGGCAUGGCUGCUGUAUUUCUGGAAAAGAGCUAAAAUCCAUGGCGUGGAAAGUGAUAUCGCGGAAGACCGUCUCAAGUUCUGGAUCCACAGAUUCGGGGAACAGCCAUCAUCACAUGAUGCAGUUGAUGUGGAAAGAGGAAUGAGGGAGCUAAGAAAGCUGGGAAUAGAACAACAACUGUGGGAAACAUCUCGCGCAGAACUCAUCGACUCCACUUUUCUUCCUUCUCUUUCUGUUUCUGACUACUGUGACGAGUGA